UGUUAUGUAACUCAUGUGGAGCAGAAGACUGGCAGAAACUCACUACAAAGCACAGACGUCCUCAUUUCCGAUUUGUCGCUUGAUUAACUUAUGCUCAGUUUCAGUCAUUUGAGAGAAUAUUUAACCCAAACUAAAGUAACAUGCAAACUCUUCAUAAAAUAAGUUCCCAAAACAUCCAUUCUCUAGGACUCGGCCUAUUGCUAACAAGUGCUUUCAUCACACAUUCGGCAAAGGCUUGUAUGCCAAUCUUUGCAGAAGGAGGAAGGAAUACAAGAGAAAUGGAAUCUACAUCACAAAGCAACACUUCCAGUGAUCUAAUAGAUUCAUUGUAUCCUGGCACAGCUGUCACGCGUCUUCAAAACGUUCACAAGAGAGUGAAAUCCCUAACACCUGAGCAACUGAGUCAGGACUGGCAAAAUGUUAGACGUUCCAUUCUUUGGGCUGGUGGUCUCAAGGAUCUAUCAAAUGUGAGACCUGGAAAAGGCUACACUGGACACUCUUUCAACGACUUCAAUCACUGUGACCUGACCACAAUGCGUGGAGAUGAAGCUGACAAUAACAAUGAAGGCAAGGUUGCUGGUAUUGCUUAUAACAAUCGCCUAGGAGAAGGCAUUCGCAUUGCAUCUAUUGAAGAAUUAGGACCUGGAGGUUCCUGGAGUACUUGUAUGAUUGGAUGUAACAAAGAACCUCCUCAGGAUGUUGCCCACAUUCAGUUUAAAUCAAGAAUUGCAUUCAAACUUGUGUGGACUCCGCCAACUUUCAACACAUUUGUACUAGUGGAUGACAGUGGUUCACUAUUGAAUUGGGGUACACCUACUGGUACACUGCCACAUAUUGCUGAAAGAAGACUCAACUUUGAGACAGUAGCUGGAUCAAAGUAUGCCGUCGAAGCAGAGCGAAAAGGGAAGGAGAUGCAACACCUGCAGUAAAGAUUUUUCCUUUAGAUUCCCUUCUUUUCCUCCAUGUACUCAAAGAAGGUAUUCCUAGUCUGCACUGUGCCCUAAUUGUUCGAACGUGUUUAUAGGAACGACGUUCGUAAGCCAUCGGAGCUUUAAUUCUAACGUUUGGCUUAUCCUGGCAAGCGAUAUGCACCCAAUUUUGAACGUUCUUUCAUGUUGUGCAUUCAGCAUUUAUCGCCUAAAACUUUGAGCCCUAAAAUCUACAUUAUACAUCACAAUAUGAUGUUUGUGUGUUCGAAAGGCUAACAAAAAUGUGUAACUGCGUACAAACAUAAAAAGCUUAACAUAAUUGAUUAAGCAUAAAA